AUGUCUGCGUCUCCUGUUGCACGACAAACAACCAAUUGCCAAAAUAUUCCAUCAAGACGUGUCGUCGUUAAUGAUGCUUCACAACUUCCACAUGAUUAUUCUACUACACCAGGGGGAACACUUUUUUCUACUACUCCAGGAGGCAGUUUGAAUUCAAAAUUUUAA